GGUUCUGUUCUCCUCGCAAAUAGGAAAACAAAUAAUAAAAGAAAAAUAAAAAAAAAUAACAAGUCAAAAUGUGGCCCAUCGUUUUAGCCAUCUUAAGAAGAAACGCCGUUUACAUAACCCUGCCCAUAGCUGGAGUGAUUGGGUUUAUUGGCUAUAACCUGGAAAGUCUGAUUUCCGACAAAUAUACACCAUAUAGCCCUUCAAUUCAGGACCUUCGUGCCCAACGUCAGGCGCAGAGUCUCAGCGAGAGCACAAAUAAUGUGGAGAAAUUAAGCGUCCUGGAACGAAAUCUAUCCCCAUCGCUUCAGCCCAAGGCCAAAGUUUAAAGUUUUCCAUGCACGUUGUUAUUAUCAAAAUUCUAGAUCAUGAUAAAAUAAAUUAUUGACAAUACAAAAAAA